AUGUCCGCUCAACCGGUCUCUGCAACUUCGCAACAGACAGCGGGACUCUCCGCGCCUGCAUGGCGGCAAUUUACGUUCUUCGACCUAGAACCCGUGAAGGAUGUUCAUGACUUGGGGAGCACGCCCGAAGUGCUUAGGAAAGCUCCUGAAAUCUCCACAAUUAUCUCAAGCUCUCUCGGCGUGGUGGUUGCGGACAUUCAUGGCUCCGUCUACCUCCUCAGCCGCGAAUUUGAAAUCAUAAAGAGCUGGCUGGCGCAUGCGGGCGGGCGUGUCACGCACAUGGCAGAAGGAAGAGGUGUGUUGGUCACACUGGGGGAAGAGGAUACUGCACGGCAUCCCUUCCUCAAAGUGUGGGACCUCGAGCAUUAUGACAAGAAAACAGGCGCGCCGAUAUUGCUCAGAUCAACGAAGGUGCAAAGCGGGAGCCGUCCGCAUCCGGUUUCGACAAUCGCGCUAUCAGAAACGCUUGUAUAUCUUGCUAUAGGACUUGCUGAUGGUACAGUACUGCUCUACCGUCACCUUGAUCAAUCUAUUUUCUCCGGUUCGACGUCACUAAGCUCACUGCCCAAGGCAAGAGUUGUGCAUGAAUCACCAGGGGAGCCCAUUACAGGCCUGGGAUUUCGAGAGGCGAGCGAGGAUAACCCGCAUGUGUAUUUGUUCAUCGUGACCCUCAAUCGAGUGCUUGCAUAUCAGGCAUCAGGGCGAGGGAGCAGUAUAUCUGCCACGGUGGUGAGCGAGACCGGGUGCGCGCUGGGGUGUGCAGUGAUGGAUGGAGCUGGGAGAGACAUUGUGGUGGCAAGAGACGAGGCGAUAUUCGUUUGCGGGACAGAUAACAGGGGUUCGUCGUAUGCAUACGAAGGUCCAAAGGCGACUGUUCACACGCAUGUGAACUACAUCGUGAUAGUAUCCCCUCCUUUAGCGGCGUCUGCUAGCGCAGCCUCCGGAACUGUGCGACACUACGCCAGAAACAAUGAUGUGUCUGGUGCAGAGGUUACAAAGGUGAACAUAUUUGAUCCGGAGAAUAAGUUUGUAGCAUAUGCAGGUACAUUUGAUUAUGGCGUGCGGACUGUGUUCUCUGCGUAUGGGCAGAUAUAUGUGCUCGCAUCGGAUGGCUCGCUGUCUUGCUUAGCAGAAAAGCCCACAUCGGUCAAGCUGGACUUGUUGUAUCGGAGAGGCCUAUACCUUCCCGCCCUCAACAUGGCAAAGACUCAGCAUCUCGAUGCUGCUACUGUUGCGGAUAUACAUCGCCAGUACGCAGAUAAUCUGUAUGGGAAAGCCGACUACGACAACGCAACCCAGCAGUACAUUGCCACCAUUGGACAUCUACAGCCAAGUUAUGUCAUUCGCAAGCUCCUUGACGCACAGCGCAUACAUAAUCUAGUGAAUUAUCUGCAAGAGUUGCACACUCAAGGCCAUGCUAACGCGGAUCACACGACUCUGCUUCUCAACACAUACACCAAGCUCAAGGAUGUCUCACGUCUUGAUGCGUUCAUCCGCCGCGAAUCAUCACGAGCUACGGAUGAGUUACCUUUUGAUCUUGAUACUGCUAUCCGCGUCUGUCGUCAAGCUGGCUACUUUGAGCAUGCGACCUAUUUAGCCAAGAAAUACGAACGGCAUGAAGAUUACCUGCGGAUACAAAUUGAAGACGCUGGAAAUUAUCGCGAUGCCCUCGUAUAUCUGCGGAGAUUGGGAACUGAAGCAGCAGAGACCAACCUUGCGCGGUAUGGUCGUGCUAUGCUCUCAAGCCUUCCGGAUGAGACAACCCAGCUCCUGAUUGAUAUAUGUACAAGCCUCGCUCCGCUCACCUUUGAUGACGAUAGCCGGGACGAUGACAAGGAUGGACAGACGACACCCACACGUCAGGCUAGCACCGGCGCUGGGCAGUCCUAUCUAUCCUACCUGGCCCUUAAUCGCGCUUCCACUCCCGCGCCUGCCCCUGUUAUAUCAGAAUCCGCAUCAAUGGCCACGUCGAGCGCCACUGUGCGACCUGCGGCCCCGUCUCGCCAUGCGUCUAUCCAUGAGUCUUCAAGAACAUCCACGCCGCCGCCAUCGACCGCGAACGGGGCGACUUCAACAGCGCUUUCUGCGAAACCACGCAUCAACGCCGUGAAGCGGCCCUCGCCGCGACUUUUCUUCGCACACUUUGUCGACCACCGUGAAUGUCUUGUGCGGUUCCUGGAGGCCGUCGCGCUGAAGAGAUGGGGACAAAGUGUUGAUGGAGGAGUGACGGCCGAAGUGGAGCGAGAUCCAGACGCAGACGACAUGGCGGAACAGUACGACCAGAUCGCGGUGUGGAAUACGCUCUUGGAACUCUACCUAACCCCGACCACUUCAGCUGUGAACGGGAUCGUGUCAGAGAACGAUACGAAGGCAAUCACGAGUGCGAACGAGAAGGCCCUUAAACUCCUGCAGAGCGUCGACCUGCCGUAUGACGCGACGCACGCGCUGGUGCUUUGCUCGACGCGUGCAUUCACUCCGGGGCUCGUGCUUCUCUGGGAGCGCCAAGGUAUGCAUGAAGAUGUGCUGCGGUUUUGGAUGGAUCGAUGGCGGGACGAUGCUUCUUCCGUUUCAUCCUCAUCGCAGUCUCCCUCGGACGAAGUCAUUAGCGCGUUGCAUAAGUACGGCCCCGAUCAUCCACACCUGUACCAGCUUGUGUUGCGCUUCCUUACAUCGGAUGCGGCGCUGCUCAAGCGGCAUGAGGCGGAUUUGCAGGGUGUACUGAAAGAGGUGGAAGAGAGAGGAGUGAUGGCGCCGCUUGAAGUGGUCAGAAUCCUCGGACGCAAUGGCGUCGUGGGCGUGGGCGUAGUUCGAGAAUGGCUGGAACGGCGGAUCAGCCAAGCUAGGCAAGACGUGAACUUGGAUCGUGACCUGAUCAGCUCGUACCGCUCGGAGACGAGCACAAAGCUACGCCAAGUGGAAGAGCUGAGUGAUGCAGCGCAUCCGCGGGUGUUCCAUGUCACGCAGUGCGCAUCCUGCCAGGGCCAGCUCGAUCUCCCAAGCGUGCAUUUCAUGUGUGGUCAUAGCUAUCACCAACGGUGCCUUGGGGAGCAUGAAACAGAGUGCCCGAACUGUGCACGGGCACAUGGGCUUAUACGUGAAAUCCGACAGAACAACGAGCGUCUGGCUGAUCAGCACGACGUAUUCCUGCAAGAAGUCCGCGAGAGAGGCUUCUCGGCGCUCGCUGCGGGUUUUGGAAGGGGUGCGAUGAACCUGUCGAGGCUUGAGGAAGGUGUUGCAUAA